AUGGUCAAUUACUACAAACAUGUCAUUAAAUUGCUAGUAUCCCAUAACGCAUACGUAUUGAAAUAUGCUCCAAGUCAUUGGAAAGAUGAUAGACAAGUGGUCGAGUUGGCCAUUAAACAUGCACCAUUGGCGUUUCAAUUCUGUUCUGAAAGAUUGAGAGAUGACAGAGAAAUUGUAUUAAUGGCAUGUUCAAAAAAGUAUUUUAGUGGAUUUGAAUUUAUUUCUGAAAGAUUGAAAAAUGAUGAAACAAUUGUCAAACUAGCAAUUGAAUCGGAUGGGUUCAAUUAUUCCAAAAUACCCGAACAUUUAAAAACGAGAAAGGAUAUUGCCCUGUUAGCUCUCAGUGUUUAUGGUUAUAUUUUCGAUUAUCUUCCAAAUGAAUUGAAAAGAGACAUUGAUAUUAGAAUCGCAGCUUGUUUGUCCAACGGACUGAAUGUUGGCAUAUUUUAUCCAGAAAUUAAGGAUAAUAAGGAAAUUGUUUUGGAAUUGGCACAACAUGGAAAGUUGAAUUACUUAAAAGCAGGUGUUUACAAAUCACUAGAUUUGGACAUUAUUGAGGAGUGUGUGAAGAGUGGAAUAUCACUUUCUUAUCUUCCUAGUGAUUUGAUAUGUGAAAGAAAGGAUUUGUUAUUGAUCGUGUUGGAGAACCAUCCUUAUGGUCAUAUCAAAAAUACCAAACAUGCCCUGGAUUAUGAUAUUUUAUUGAAAGCAAUCUCUGGAAAUAGUAAUCAUCUUAAAUAUGUUCCAGUUGACCUGCCAUUUUUUGAUGAACUAGUUCAAGUUGCCAUGGAAAAAAACUUAUCUUUAUCUUGUCUUCCACUAGAAUAUCCACACUACAAACAGGUAGCUAAAACACUCAUAGCCAGAAAUGGGUCAUCUAUUUAUUAUUUAGAAAAAUCAUGCUUCAAUGAUAGAGAAAUUUUGCUGAGUUGUCUACGGGUUUCAGAUUCAUCAGAUCAUGAUUUUAUUCUAAGCCAAGUUACAGAUCAUCAACUGUGGGAUGAUGAAGAAGUAAUAAGAGCUCACUUAUCAUCGCACCCAAGACAUGUCUUUGAUGAAAUAGAAAGAAGAAUAUCCAGUAAUAGAUCAUUAAUACUUAAAAUGGUACCAGAAUUUGAAGUUUCUAUUUAUGAACUCUCUGAGGAUUUGUGGAAUGAUAAAGAAGUUGUCAUGCAAGUUUUUAAUGCUAUAGAAUAUAAGAAAUUGCCUAAACAUAUCAGAAACGACAAGGAAGUAUUGUUGGCAUACAUAAAAUACAAACCAAAUGAAGGAACAAAGUUUCUGAACCCUGAAUUAGUCAAGGACUUGGAUUUCCUAAAAAAGGUUCUUAAAUAUUCACCAAAUGCCUACAAGUUUUUAACUCCAGAGUUGAAAUUGGAUAGAAAUUUAAUUUUUGAAAUUGUGGAGAAUAAUCCAUGCCUAUUCAAGUUCCUUGAUUCAUCCUUUAGAAAUGAUAGAGAGCUAAUUAUGAUGAUUGUUAAAAAAUAUGGAACCGAUCACCUGGAUGUCAUUCCAGAAAGUCUAAGAGCCGACAAGGAAUUGAUUUGGUCAUCUGUUGAAAAGAGUGCCGACUUUUUCAACAAAUAUCCAAGUACAAUUACUGACAGAGAGUUGCUACUUCAUGCUGUGAAACAUUAUCCAUACACAUUACAAUAUGCAGACCCUCCACUGUGUGAUGAUUUUGAAGUAAUCAUGACGGCAUGUAAGAAUAGUGGAAUGGCACUCAAAUUUGCCUCUCCAAGAUUGAAAAGUAAUCCUGACAUUGUCAAGGCUGCCAUACUCUCCUAUGAGUAUGCAUUUUCUGAUGCAUCUCCAUUCCUUAAGGAAGAUUUCAUGUUCUGCAUUAGUGCAUUGUUGUGUAAUCAUUCAUCAAUACACUUUGUUAACGAUGAAAGAAUUACUCACAGCUUUCUCUUCAAAAUAUUAUUCAAGGUUGAAAUUGAUUCAUCCCUUGUGAAAAGAUAUUGCAUUUAA